GGGUCUGUCCUUGGACCACUCCUUUGGAACCUCGCAUACGAUGCUGUCUUGAGGGUCGCACUCCUCUCGGGCGUGCAUCUGGUGUGUUAUGCUGAUGACACCCUGGUGCUCGCCGGAGGGGAGGACUUCGAGAGGACCAUCCGGCUCGCUGAGCUCGGGGUUUCUCGCGUCGUCGAAAAAAUCGAAGAGCUGGGUUUGCGAGUAGCGCCUCAGAAAACUGAGGCGCUGCGGUUCCACAAACUCCCGCGAGGGAGGGAACCGCCCAGCUUCUCUAUUCGCGUUGGUGACGUCGACGUCCAGGUGGGGCAGUACUUAAAGUACUUGGGCCUUAUCCUGGACGGUCGCUGGGAUUUCGAGGAGCACUUCCGGCGCCUGGUUCCCCGGAUCGAUAGGGUGGCGGGUGCAUUGCACCGGUUGCUGCCCAACCUGGGGGGCCCUUCGGAGGAAGUUCGCCGUUUAUACGGUGGGGUGGUGCGAUCCGUGGCCCUGUAUGGGGCACCCGUCUGGUCACACCGACUGACGGGCGUCCGGCGUUGCAGAGCCAUGGUCAAUGGCGUGCAGCGCCGCAUGGCCAUAAGGAUCGCACGAGGGUACCGCACCGUAUCCUACGACGCGGCGACUGUCCUGGCGCGGUUUCCCCCGCUGGACAUUCUGGCGGAGAUGGACGCGCGUAUUUACGCGCGCCUCCGCCAGGCGGAGGAAGCUGCGCCGCCGGAAGUGCGGUGGCAGGAGCGCCGACGGGCGUUCGAGAAGUGGCGCGAGAGGCUGGAACAGCCGUGGAUCUCGCGCCAGCGCGCCGUCGGCGCGAUCCUGCCCAACCUCGAAGUCUGGUUGAGCCAGCGGAAUGACAGAGCUUCUCUACUGUGUUUGGCACUGAAGGCAGCUAUCAGGGCUUUAGAAUGCUCAAGACCCUUAGUCUGCAACCACACGUCUCGGGAGACGUGGGAGCUCUCGUUCAGCAAACUUUAUAUAAUAGUGGAAGGCAUUCCCGCCUACGCGUUCAGACGUCUUCAGAGUUUCAACGGCACUGCAGCCAUCAGUGAGGAAUUGCAAAAUUUGUUGAAAAACUUUAAAGUCACUUUGGUUGAGCCCACUAAAGUACAUGUUGACAUAGUGAUCAAAGUCCACGAAAAAACCGUCUACGCUACGCAUCUGAACCAAGAAAAUUUUGAUAAAUGGAACGCUGAUGACGUAAAAAACACGAUUGAGGACUUCGUCCGCUUCGGCAGUCACAUAAACCAACAGAUGGUUUACUACCCUAUACAGUUGGAAAAGGACUUUCCUACUGAAAUCGGAACGCCAGUGAGGUUGCAUUCAACUAUAGUAUCUUUUACAUCAAUAAGAGGAAACCUCACCGCGCCUUCCAUAGAGGAUAUAAGCUGGAUCAACGAUUUACAUAUUAGGUAUCAAGGCACAUCAGUGACCUCACUCUCUACAGACGGUCCUCUGCAGCAAUCUGAGCACACGGCACGAAUUCAACAAUCGUUGGUGGUACAUCUACCCAUUAAAGUCGACUUUGGGUUCUCAUUGGCCAAUAAAACCCUUCAAUUAAAAUGGACAAACCCUGCUCAAAAUGGCGGCACAGCUAUGCAUUCACGAACUCAAGUUGCGCUUGACACCCAUGAGGGUAACUUCGUUGAUACAAUCAAAAUGAAAACUAAACAAAAGGAUGAUGACAGUAUAUUUUUUGAUUGCGAACAUCCAAUGUCUGGAUCCGAAAUAUCUGACUUAUUAACUUCCAGAAGUCUCCUAACUUAUUUCUACCCAUCCCAACUCCUAUUAAACAGCAUAAGGCUGAUCACCUCUCCGACCCCAGGGUCCUGUGGGGUGAUCCUACCACCUCGUCAACUCCAGACAGGGAAUCAGUUCAGCGUCAAGAUUAAAGUUGAAGAGUUGGAGAUCGGUGAUGAGGAAUACGUGAGGAUGGUAAAUGGACGGAUCAGAUUCGAAUUGUUGUAUUUUAG